AUGGCCACCGUGAGAAUAUGCGUCUGCGGGGACGAGGGCUGUGGUAAGUCCAGCCUUAUCACCUCUCUCGUAAAAGAUACCUUUGUCAGCACCAGAAUCCAAGCUGUCCUGCCUCAAAUCACAAUCCCACCGACCCUCGGGACUCCAGAAAAUGUCACCACGGUGAUUGUCGAUACCUCUGCCCUCCCGCAAGACCGCGCAACUCUAGCCAAAGAACUGCGAAGGUCAAAUGUCAUCCUUCUCGUCUAUUCAGACCACUACAGCUAUGAACGGGUGGCUCUGUUCUGGCUGCCGUACUUUCGUUCUCUCGGUGUCAAUCUUCCUGUCAUCCUAUGCGCGAACAAAUCCGACCUGGUUACGACAUCUACAUCCGCUCAGAUAGUCGAGGAGGAAAUGUUGCCCGUCAUGUCAGAGUUCAAAGAGAUUGAUUCAUGUAUACGAACUAGUGCCCGUGAUCACUUCAAUGUCAAUGAAGCAUUCUUUCUCUGCCAGAAAGCUGUCACUCACCCAAUCGCUCCUCUGUUUGAUGCAAAAGAAUCGGUCCUCAAACCUGCUGCCGUAGCCGCAUUGCUUCGAAUAUUCUACCUCUGCGACAAGGACAAAGAUGGUCUGCUGAACGACAAAGAGAUGGAGGAAUUUCAGACCAAAUGCUUUGACAAGGGUUUAAGCUCGGAAGAUCUACAGCAUAUCAAAGAAACGAUUGACAAUCACAUCCCGGGAGCCGCCUCCCCAAAAGGUAUCAACUCUCAGGGAUUCCUUCUCCUCAACAAACUCUACGCCGAAAAGGGACGUCAUGAGACAAUCUGGGUCAUACUUCGAACAUUUCAAUACACCGACAGUUUGUCUCUACAAGAAUCAUUUCUACAUCCCAAGUUUGAAGUGCCCGAAUAUGCCUCUGCUGAGCUGUCCCCGGCUGGUUAUCGCUUCCUUGUCGAUCUGUUCCUCACUUCGGAUCGGGACAACGACGGCGGGCUCAGGAACGAGGAACUGGCAUCUCUGUUUGCUCCGACCCCCGGAAUCCCACAGCUGUGGGUCGACAACGAUUUCCCUUCUUGCACCGUGAGAAAUGAUGCUGGCCAUGUCACUCUGCAAGGCUGGCUCGCACAGUGGUCAAUGACCACAUUCACCUCUCCAAAGACGACCCUGGAAUACCUCGCAUAUCUGGGCUUCGAAUCAACAGACCGUUCAAAUACCAGCACAACAGCUGCUUUGAAGUUGACGAAACCCCGCAAGCGAAGGCGGAAACCAGGUCGAGUGGGCCGGAAUGUCCUUCUCGCUCACGUAUUGGGUGCACCUCAAUCUGGCAAGUCUGCCUUGCUGGAUGCAUUCUUGGCUCAACCAUUCAAUAGUCUCUAUCGUCCCACCAUUCAGCCGCGUGUGGCGGUCAAUACCGUGGAACUACCCGGGGGGAGACAAUGUUACCUCAUAUUGAAGGAAUUGGGGGAAUCCGAGGCAGCUGUUCUGGAGAACAAGAGCAAGCUUCUGGACCAGUGCGACGUAAUUGUUUACACCUACGAUUCGUCGGAUCCGGACUCGUUUGCGUAUAUUCCAAACAUUCGGAAGACAUAUCCCCACCUAGAAGAUCUGCCGUCUUUGUACGUUGCUCUGAAAGCUGAUCUUGAUCGAACCACCCAAAGAGCUGAAAACCAGCCCGAUGAGUAUGUUGCUCAAAUUCAAAGAAUGCCUCAAGGGCCUCCGAUAUCCACCAGCGUCACUUGGCCUUCAAUUCAGGAGUUGUUCGUGGUCAUUUCUGAAGCUGGUCUAGAGCCAGUCACAGCUUACCCACGGCCACUUCAAGAUGACGACGACGGGCAGCUGAUGAGGUAUGGCUUAGCAUUGGGAGUUGUAGUUUGCGCUGCUGCAGCUGCGGUGGUGAUAUGGAGACGGUCGGCAACGCCAGGAGGUUAA